GUUUAAGGUGCUGGAGUAGAUGCAGUUCCAGUUAGAGUUUGAGCUGAGUUAACGUAUAAAUAGAGAUUUUAAUUAUAGCAACAUAACCUGUUAGAUUGAACCCAAGGAGGCUCAAGGAAAAAUCAAGGAUGCCACGUUCAUUUUUGGUGAGGAGGAAGCGGGAUGUGUGUGGUGAAUGGACAUGGGGAGAUGCUGAAAACUCAUCCUGGAUCAAUAACAUCAGUGAAGAAGUAACAGUAAAGGCACCUGGCAUUGUCAGUCUGCAGUCAGUGCCAGAAUUAGACAGUGUUCCUUCUGGGCCAAUAAACUCAUCCAGCAGCACUGACCUAGAGUCAGCAUACGCGUCCAGCAGUAAUGAAUCAGAAACAGCGAGUCCUGAACACUGCCACUCUCAGCAGCCUCCUCAGAGUCUCUUUCAGACAGCUUCUCCUUCUGACCCAGCCUCAGCCACCAGAGCCAAGGUUCCUACGCCUAGCUCUGGAGACUUCCAGUGUCCUGUGUGCCAUAAAGUUUUCCCACUCCAGCGCAUGUUGACGCGACACCUGAAGUGCCACAGCCUUAUUAAGAGGCACCCGUGCAGGUACUGCGGCAAAGGCUUCAACGACACCUUUGACCUGAAGAGGCACAUGCGCACACAUACAGGUAUCAGGCCAUACAGGUGUGAGCUGUGCGAGAAGGCCUUCACUCAGCGCUGCUCGCUGGAGUCCCAUCUGCGGAAGAUCCAUGGCGUGAGGCAGCAGUACGCGUACCGACAGCGCCGCUCCAAGAUCUUUGUGUGUGAGGACUGUGGCUUCACUUCCAGUCGGCCCGACGAGUACUUCAUGCACGUGCGUCAGAGGCAUCCGGAUAGUCCUGCACUGCGCAGAUACUACCGCAAACACAUGCAGGAGACGCACACCCAGCCCCGCAUCUCGCCCUUCAUGCUGUACCCUACCACAGCAUUUUACAUGUGAAACCCAACACA